GAUGGCGGGGAAUACUAUCGUACAUAGUCAAACUUCUUGACUCUUCGUGACUUGUUUAAAAUCAAGGAAAGUGUCCAAGAAAAUGGAUGGCUCAAGGAGGAAAGCCAAUGUUCGUGUGAAAUAUUCCGGAGAAUCUGUGCCGAAACCGAAAAUGCCAACUCCUGAAAUAGUCGUUGAUCAUGAGCCUGAAGAUGACACUGCUUCCGAUGCGGAAUACAGCGACGAUAGCGAUGCUCUUGAACCAGCCUGGAGCAACUCGGUUCAUAAAGACUCUGGAGAACUUUUCUACUUGGAAGCAGGAAAACCGGUAUUAUCGCCUCGGGAAACCAACAAGGGUUCCACAACUCCAAAAGACACAACUCCUGGCAAAACCAACAGGAAAGGCAUUGCCCAGCUACAGAAGGUCCUCAAAGUUUCAAAGAGCAGAGACUCUACCCCUCAGUCGUCGCCCAACGGAAGCCGGUUCUUCUCACGGACUCCUCCCGGGAGCAACCACAAGCUGCGGAGGUCAUCUCCCGGGUCACAGUCCAACGGGGGCACACCAGUCAAGGAAGUCAUUCUGAAAGUAGGGACUUCACCUCCAGGAAGCCCUAAGGAUACCCUGAGCAUUAGACUCCAGGGAUGGUUGGGGAUCGUCCCAGGGAAGGGCGCAACGGACCUUCUGUCAGGGAGUGUCAUGGGGAAUGGUAGAGAACACAAGAAUGGAGGACCAGUGCGUGUGGAUGACAGAUUAAUGGUUAGAGGACUUCUUCCACAGGGUGCUGCUAUGAAAUCAGCGGAAAUUGAGAUUGGUGAUGUAAUCUCAGCCAUCAAUGGUGUACCUGUCUCCUACUCAUCAGCUGAAGCUGUGCUCAAUUCUAUGGAACCUGUCAAACAGGUGAGGUUAUCUGUGGAGAGAGCCCCCUCAUGGAAUGGACAGAUCCCCUCCCCCGUGGUCUGCCGUCCUCCUAACGGCACCCUGGUCAAGAUGCUCAACAACAUCGCUGAGGCAGCAAGCAAACAGCAGGAUCAGCAGCAGCAAGGGAAAGAGGAGGGGAAUCCCCACACCAGUCCUGGGGAUGAUGUGCCAUGUGCUAUCAUGUAUCUCACCCUGGUGAGGGACUCUGACAGCGAUGAUGCCCAGGAGGUAUUGUACAAAUACCCUUCUUCCAGUGCAUCAACCAAGUUCAAGGAUAUCAAUGGUCUUUUCAUUACCCUAGGGGAUAUGCUCAUGAACAUCACUGGAAGCAAAAUCACAUGUACAUCUCUUGAGGUGGGGGAUGAGUUGGUGCAUGUUGGUUAUCACAAGUGGGGCUCCGAGCUGCUGGUCCUGGCCUUCCCAGCAUGCUUUGCCUCCAAACACACAGUGCAAUGUAUGGUCCAACAACUAGCAAGGCUACUCAACUUCAUGUUCCUCUCACUCAAUAGGGCAUUUUCGGAGAGGAGAAACCACCAGAGACUAGACCACCUGUUUGCCUUGCUCUUCCAUCAAGUCUUGGUAGACAGGAGUCAGCUAGAACCCAGGAAGAAGCAUAAAGAAGACAUCUUCCUUCAGAUGUUACCUGGUGUUAGGUGGCUCAAUCUGCCUGAUCAAGAUAAGCUCAAUGUUGACUGUUGCCUUAGUGAACUAGAAGCCGCAGAUUUUGCAGAUUUGUGUGACAGGCAUUUUGACUACAGGAGACCAUAUGUGAUAUUGGGAUCCUGUUUGUUAUAUAAGGGCUACAUUCUUGCCAAUCACUUGCCAGUGGACGACCUGAUGGAUGUCCACCUCUAUGUCCAGUACUACAGCCUUAGCUCACUGUCCACUCAGCAGGCAGUCGGUCAGCUGGUCAUCUGGAGAGAAGUCUUCCCAACGCGCCGGGUCCAGCCCAUCGAAGCGCCCCACCCUGGCUACACAGAACCCCAGGGGAGAUGGUUUCUGUUAAUCGUCGGCUUGAAACACUCUGUACUGUGUGUGCUACUAGAAGCAGGGGGAUGUGCGUCACCAUGUGAAGGUGUUGUGUACCCUGAUGAGUUCUAUGUGGAUCAAAGCAGAGCAACUCUUCUUCAUCUUGAAACCCUGGAUGUUCCAUCAGCUUGUGAAGAAAGAUUAAAAGUACCCCCCAUCCCAGCGCUCUCCUGUGCGGACUGGCUCUUCCCCAGCCCUAGGAGGGGUAGCUUUGAUAGCAGUGUUCCUCCUAGACCCCACCCUGACUCACCCAUGCUCAGCAAGUUACACAGCCAGUCACAGACACCACUCAAAGGUAAGAAACCAGAGAGUCCACACAUGCCCCACAAGCGAUCCAGCUCCCCUACCCCACCGGUCUCCUUCCUCUCUGUCAGCCCCAACCCCUCACGGAAGCCCACGUCCACCUCCAGCCGGACCGAGUCGGACAACGAGAGUGACUCCACCAGCCCUCACAACUCCAGGACGAACAGUACUCAGUCUUCCCCCUCCACGACCAGGCGUAGUGAUUCACGUAAGGAAUCAGAUGCUUCCAUUGGCUCGGUUGGCAGCAGUGAGAUAUACAGGGCUGUACGUAGAGGCCGUCUGAUCCCUGAUCCCUACUCUAUGGGUGUGAUGCAGAGGGCUCGGGAAGAGACUUCAUCACCGGAUUACUUCACAGCAACCAAACUAACGAGUGGGCGUGACAACACCAUGUUCCACUACGUGCACCUGGACCCUGCAGCAGGUAUCCUGAUCACCCCUACGAGGUCCGACCUAGCCUUCCUGGGAGGGGUCAUCCACAGUCAGCUGGUGGAUAACUUCCAGCAGUGCUGUAAGGUCAUCAGGCAACAACUCACUCUCCAUGCUCAUCUUAGGCCCAAAGAUCAGCUGAGUGGUAAAACAGUUCUAAGAUGUGAUGCUCUCACCGUUCUACGAGAGUUUGGAGUCUCUUUCAGAUGUCAUCCUGAGAACUGGCCAGAGAAGAAGCAGCCACCCUCCAUUAAAUACUGGGUUGUUGGGAGAUUGAUCAAAGGACCGAGGGGACCCAAGGAGUGCUAUGUAUGCUAUCAUGACAGCACCACACAGAACACUCUGGAGCUGGCCUUCAAACUGGUGUUUGGUGUUGGUUCAUGAUGAAGGAAUAUGGAACAUCCAUCAGCACUCUUCUCUUUUGUGAGGUUGUCAUGGUGAUGACAGAAGAUGUUAUUGUCUUACGCACCUAACGGAAGGAUGACACUGAAAUCCUGAGUCUACAAUGUAGUUGCUUUGAUGCUGCUUUGCAGAAUUACAAUGUUUUGAUAUGGCUCAAGAUUCCAACAGCGUCCAAUGUUUGGGAAUAUUCUGCUGUUCAGUGUCACUGAAUUAUUCUGGUGUUUAGUAUCACACAAUGACACCGAGAAGUAUUGUGUCGCAACCAACAUUGGUGUGCAGGUUUCAGAAUUACACCAAUGAGCUCUAUCACAUUAUUAUGUUGGUGUUCCAUGUCACAGAAUAACACCUAGAUGUGUUGUGUGACGGACUUGCAACAGUGUUGACACCAACACCAAGAUGUGGUGUCACAGACAAGCACUGGUGAACAGUGUUUCAGAUUUACAGUGUGUGCUUUGUCACAGAAUUAUACUGGUGUUUGGUGUCACCACAGCGUAUUGUGUCACAGACUUGCAAUGGUGUUCCAUUUUUUGAAAUUACAUAGGUGUUCUGUGUCAAAGAAUAAUUGAAUUACAAAUUCCACCAAGAUAUAUUGUCUCAGACUUGCACUGGUUUGCAAAGUCAUAAUUACUCUAAUGUACUUUUGUGCACACUUACAUUUGUGGGCUGUGUCACAGAAUUGUACCAGCACCAAUAUCGCAAAAUUAUGCUGGUGUCUCAUGUCACAGACUCUACAUUGAUUUAUAACGAUGUACAUGUUUAACAGGAUUACACCAUAAUGCUUUGUCAGAGGAGUACUAUAGUGUAUGAUGUUGCAAGAUAUAUGCCAUUGUGCUUCAUGGCAAGAUUACAUCAUCUAUUUGCUGUGUGAUACAUGUAAAACUAUGAGUAGGUGUAUCUGGUAUAUAUAUCUUAUCAAGAAUGAUAUAAUACUAAGAGGGGAAAGCUAUCAUUUGAGAGAUAGUAAUCAAAACCUGGUUGGAUUGGUGAAUACUCGGAAGUAAAGAGUUUAUCUAUAAGUCUUGUUGAUUAAAGGGAUCAUUUAACCAUGUUAAAUCUGAGGUGCACGGCCCUACGUGAUAUCAGUGUCUGUGUGAUAUGGUGGUAUAUUGAAGAUUGCACUUCAAAAUGAUCAAGAAGUGCCUCAAAAAAGUAAAAACCUUUGAGUGACCGGUUUUACCAUACUCGU